AUGAUGCUUCCUCUUGGCAUUCUCUUGGCCCCUCCCCAUACAGCAUCAUCACUUCAUUUGUCUCUAUACCAUCUCCCUGAAUCACAAUUAGAAUUUGCACAUGUUGCAGGCUCUCGGCUUGUUUUUCAAAUAUCUUAUUAUGCUAAACACGAAUACACAAACCAUAAUGCGACAGGCCUUGAGAUGCGGCUCAACUCGCCAGUCCAAAGUCGUGCGCCCCACACUUGGCGUGUCCUUUUUACGUGCGUCGACAAAAGGGGCUCGUUCGUUUGCUUCGCCACCUGUGGCUUUGUUGAUCUAGUUCAAACCGUGAGGCUCGAAGUCACGUCUCAGAAGUCGUAUUCGAUCCUGGAAAAUCCCACCAAAAUCGCGAUGUCGGACUCGCUUCAAAUGCUUCCGAUGGUGGAUAAUGGUCUGAUGCACGAGCAUUCAAACCAACAAGUGGAUGCUCGGUUGCUCGGUUCUGAUCUCAAGGAACAAAGACGCUUUCAGUGUCCCAACUGCGACUCUGGCUUUACAAGGAAACACAACUUGAAAUCACACAUGUUGACUCACACUCAGGAGAAGCCGUUUGUGUGUGACUCGUGUGGUUCGAAAUUUCGCAGGCAGCACGAUCUCAAGCGCCACUACAAGCUGCACACCGGCGAGAAGCCGUUCAAGUGCAACAAGUGCAACCGCAAGUUCGCGCGUAGUGACGCGUUGGACCGCCACAACAAGUCUAAUUCUGGAUGUGCAGUUGGAAAUCCUGACGAGGAUGAUGAGGAUGAUGAGUCGUUGAUGUCCGGGUUUGGAACUCAACGCCACGAGGCGUCGGACGCGGCUGCCCUAGCAGGAAGAUACCAGGCCCAGUGGAAACCUGUUCGCACAAAUUCGAUUGACAUGAUGCAAUCGAAUGUGCAGUCGAUCCACCAGCAGGCUGCCGCUCUCUUGGAUAAUCCGGGUCUUGGGAUGCAGUUGUCGUUUUCGCCCCAAUUCCGCUCUGAGAAACAGAGUCCUCGCAAUGCGCAGCAGUUGGCCUCUCGUGCGGUGAACCAGCAAUCACACCCUCAGCAACAAAGCAAGCAAAUGCAGCAAAACCAGAAGGCGGGGUCCAAAAAGGACCAGCCGUUUUCGGGCGACCAGGAGAUGCUUGCUCAUGUAGCGUUGCUGGAAAGCAAAGUGAUGUCGUUAGAGAGGCGGGUUGGAGAGUUAGAGGGUUUUUUGCACCAGAAGGUAUGA